AUGGCUCAUCUCAAAACGCUUUUCAAGUAUGUGGACGAACACCAGGAUCUGUAUGUGCAGCGUCUUGCUGAUUGGGUAGCAGUCCAGAGUGUGUCUGCUUGGCCAGAGAAGCGUGGCGAGAUCAAGAAGAUGAUGGAAAUGGCAGCCAAGGACAUCGAGAGACUAGGGGGCACAGUGGAGAUGGUGGACAUUGGCAAACAGCAGCUUCCUUCUGGAGAGGAGAUCCCCCUGCCUCCUAUCGUCCUGGGGCAUUUGGGGUCAGACCCUGGUAAGAAGACUGUGUGUAUCUACGGCCACCUCGAUGUCCAGCCAGCCAGUAUUGAUGACGGCUGGGAUACAGAGCCUUUUACUCUGGUGGAGAAAGAUGGUAAGCUCUUUGGAAGAGGUUCCACUGACGACAAGGGUCCGGUGUUGGCCUGGUUUAACUGCAUUGAGGCCUACCAGAAGAUCCAGCAGGAGCUUCCCAUCAACAUCAAGUUCUGCUUCGAGGGGAUGGAAGAAUCUGGAUCCGAGGGCCUGGAUGAGCUAGUGUUAUCUCGAAAAGACACUUUCUUAAAAGACGUGGACUACGUCUGCAUCUCUGACAACUACUGGCUGGGCAAAACCAAACCCUGCAUCACCUAUGGUCUCAGAGGAAUCUGCUACUUCUUCAUGGAGGUGGAGUGCUGUGAGAAGGACCUGCACUCAGGGGUGUUUGGCGGCUCUGUUCAUGAGGCUAUGACCGACCUCAUCGCACUUAUGGGCUCCCUGGUUAACGUGAAGGGACACAUUUUGGUUCCUGGGAUAAACGACGACGUUGCCCCUCUGACAGAAGACGAGAAAAAGCUGUAUGAGAAAAUUGAUUUUGACUUGGGCGAGUACUGCAAAGAUGUUGGAGUUGAACAACUGCUGCAUGAAACAAAGGAGAAAAUCCUAAUGCACCGCUGGAGGUUCCCAUCUCUCUCUCUUCAUGGUAUCGAGGGGGCUUUCUCUGAAGCAGGUGCCAAGACUGUGAUCCCCCGCAAAGUCACUGGCAAGUUUUCCAUCCGACUCGUCCCCGACAUGGACCCCAAAGUUGUGGAGAAGCAGGUUAAAGACUAUCUGAAGAAGAAAUUUGAUGAAAUGGGAUCCCCGAACAAACUCAAUGUAUAUAUGGGCCAUGGAGCCAGGGCCUGGGUCUCUGACUUCAACCACCCGCACUACAUGGCUGGUCGAAAAGCCAUGAAGACAGUCUUUGGUGUGGAGCCUGACCUGACCCGUGAGGGUGGAAGCAUCCCCGUCACCCUGACCUUCCAGGAAGCCACAGGGCGUAAUGUCAUGCUGCUUCCUGUUGGAUCCUCCGAUGAUGGCGCUCACUCCCAGAAUGAGAAGCUCAACAGAUCCAACUACAUUCAGGGAACCAAGAUGCUGGGUGCAUACUUCCACGAGGUCUCUCAGCUGGAAUGAAACAAUGUCUUAACAUGAAAAAUGUAAAAGAAUAUCCAUCCUCACUAUCAGAGCUGUAAUCCUUUGUGGUAGAAUUUACCUUCCACAAUAUACGUUUUGUACACGCUGCUUCCUCAUAAUAAAAGUGUUUCUUUGUAACUGUCUUGUUUCUUUAUCACCUCAAUAGAUUUUUUCCUUAAAUGCAUAACCUCAAUUAUAACAUCAUAACAUCUGAAUCUUGUUUAGUGUGUGUGUGUUUGGCUGGGUUUGGCUUCAGUAACAUGCAUCUGCCUCCAGCCCAGGAUGAUGCAAAAGCUACUGAAUUGAUUUCCAUUGAUUUUGCUGGAAGGCUGGGACAUAAGACAUGUUUUCACUUCCCUGGAACAUUGCAAAAUGUUAUAUUAUGAAAUCAGGCAGGUUUACAGAACUGAUAAGAAUGCAUGUGUGUAAUUUGGUGUGGCUUCAACUGAAUUUAAGGGGCCUGCAUGUUUGGCCUUGGUGGAGGUAUGCCCUCUAAUGAGUGCCAUUAUAUUUAUCAAAUGAAUUAAAAUACUUUUUAUGAACCUAAA